CCAAGCGGCGGAUGUUUCCCGCUCCGUGGUGAUCACCGCGUUCCGCCGGCUGACCGAAGUGCUCAUGUCAGAGUUCGUAGUAUACGUAGCAAGCAGAGCAGGUGUCUUAAAGCUUACGUGACAGCAGCUUGGUUUUCUUGCUUCACCUCCUCGUCUCCUCUGAUCCGAGGGCUUCAUCACCAAUGGCCGCGUACGCCUCUCCUCCCCUCUCCUUGUUUAUUGCUGCCGCCAUGGUGGCGGCGGCGCUGGUGAUCGUUGCCACGCCGGCAGCAGCACACUUCCCGGCCGGAUUGCCGGAGCCGCCGUUCCCGAACCCGUGGUCGGCGUUCCAGAACCUCUCGGGCUGCCACAUGGGCGACGAGCGGGACGGGCUGGCGAGGCUCAAGGGCUACCUCAGCCACUUCGGGUACCUCCCGUCGGCGCCGUCCUCCUCGCCCUUCACCGACGCCUUCGACGCCGACCUGGAGGCGGCCAUCGCCACGUACCAGCGCAACUUCGGCCUCGAAGCCACGGGGGCCCUCGACCCGUCCACGGUCACCCAGAUGGUCGCCCCGCGCUGCGGGGUCGCCGACGUCAUCAACGGCACCUCCACCAUGGACAGGAACUCCUCCUCGUCCGCGCACGGGCGGCACCUGUAUACCUACUUCCCCGGCGGGCCGAUGUGGCCGCCGUUCCGGCGCGACCUCACGUACGCGCUGACCGCGACCUCGGCCACGUCCAUCGACCGGGCCACGCUCAGCGCCGUCUUCGCGCGCGCCUUCGCGCGGUGGUCGGACGCCACCACGCUGCGGUUCGCGGAGGCAGCGCCGGGGGCCGACGCGGACAUCACCAUCGGGUUCUACGCGGGCGACCACGGCGACGGCGAGGGCUUCGACGGGCCGCUCGGCACGCUGGCGCACGCCUUCUCGCCCACGGACGGGCGCUUCCACCUGGACGCCGCCGAGGCGUGGACGGUGGGGGACAGCGCGUCGUCCUCCUCGGGCGCGGUGGACCUGGAGUCGGUGGCGGUGCACGAGAUCGGCCACCUGCUGGGGCUCGGCCACUCGUCGGUGCAGGGCUCCAUCAUGUACCCGACCAUCCGGACGGGAACCAGGAAGGUGGAGCUGGAGACGGACGACGUGCAGGGGAUCCAGAGCCUCUACGGGACCAACCCCGACUUCAAGGGCGUCGCGCCGACGUCGCCGUCGACGAGCAGCAGGGAGACGGACAGCAGCGCCGCCGCGGACUCCCGGCCGGCCGUCAGUGGGUUCGUUGGGGCGGUUGUGGCGGUUGGCCUGCUGCUGCUACUACCACUGUAGUCUGUAGACUGUCCCAUCCUUCUACCUGCCGUGACGACGACGAUCACGUCCAUCUCUGCUCUAGGCUCUAGCUAGCUCGAUUGCUUGUCCGAUUGGCCAUUGAUUCUUGGAUACAUUCUUGUGUACAUACUAAAUACUUACAGAAUAAUUAGAUUACACAGACCACGUGUCUUGUUUUGAAAAUACAACAUGAUUAUAUUUCUUAUUUGGUGAA